GAGAAUUGACACUUGUGCGCUUAACCCUUCAAACUUAUAUGACGUUUUGAAUCAUCGAACUGCCUGGCUUUUACGCAAAUUUAUUGUAAAAUUAAUACCGUAAACAAUUAUUUAUCAAAAUGAUUCAUAACGUUUGGUCAGUGCAAAGCCCCAGGCUCACAUUCUUCAUCAGUUUUAUGGUCUUACACAUUUGGCAUAACCCCACAGAUAGUGGAGCCGUCCAGUUAACACAAGAUAAUCUGGACAUGACUCUAGCUUCAAAUGAAUUAGUUUUUAUCAAUUUCUACGCCGAGUGGUGUAGGUUUAGCAAUAUUUUGAUGCCAGUGUUUGACGAAGCCUCUGAUAAAAUCGCCCAAGAGUUUCCCGAACCUGGCAAAGUUGUUAUGGGAAAAGUCGAUUGUGAUAAAGAAGGAUCAGUUGCCACAAGAUUUCACAUAACUAAAUAUCCAACCCUUAAAGUUAUACGAAAUGGACAGCCGGCCAAAAGAGAGUAUCGAGGCGAACGUUCGAUCGAAGCGUUCACCAAUUUCAUCAAAAAACAGCUUGAAGACCCUGUUAAAGAAUUCAAGGAGUUGAGGGAGCUCAACGAGAUUGAAUCAAAUAAAAGGAUUGUUAUUGGUUAUUUUGACCGUCGAGAUCAACCUGAAUACAACAUAUUCAGACGAGUUGCUACAAACGUUAAAGACGAUUGCCAAUUUUACGCUGGUUUUGGCGAAGCUUCACGCACUAUGCACCCAGAAAAUCAACCAAUAAUCGUUUUUCGACCAGAUCGAGACCGUUCAAAUGAUUUAGAUGAAACUUACACAGGAAGUUUAUCAAAUUUCGAUGAAUUACACAUUUGGGUUUCGGAAAAAUGUGUGCCUCUAGUGCGUGAAAUAACGUUCGAAAAUGCUGAAGAGUUGACAGAGGAAGGAUUGCCAUUUUUAAUUCUGUUCCAUGCACCUGAUGAUAAAGAAAGUAUUAAGCGAUUUACUGAACUUGUACAAACAGAUCUCCUGUCAGAGAAACAGUCUAUCAACUUCCUGACUGCGGACGGUAAAAAAUUUGCGCACCCGUUGCAUCACCUCGGAAAGGGCGAAAAAGACUUGCCACUUAUUGCAAUUGAUAGUUUUAGACAUAUGUAUCUGUUUCCGAACUAUAAGGAUAUGGAAAUCCCUGGGAAACUGAAACAGUUUAUUCAAGAUCUCUAUUCAGGCAAAUUGCAUCGAGAGUUUCAUUACGGUCCUGAUUCGGAUGAACUUAGUUCGUCGCAGAAAGCGCCAACAACCCCACCUGAAAGUACUUUCAAAAAGUUAGCACCAUCAAAGAAUCGAUAUACUCUACUUAAAGAUGAAUUGUAAUUUAUUUUCUUCUGUAAAUAAACAUUUUUGAAACGUA